GAGCAAACUGCGCCUAGGCAACCAGCCGGGAGGGUGAGUGCCGCGCGCGGCAGAAGCUUCUGGCGCGAAUGGAGAACCAAGAGUUUCUAGGUUCGUCUGAGCCGUCCGAAGUGACCGAUGGGCAGGUCUCAACAGAAAUAUCCACUUGCUCCGAAGUCUUCCAGAAGCCCAUUGUGCUCAGGAUUCUCGACACUCACAGCGAGCUUGGAGAGUCGGAGGAUCCCGAGAAACACGAGAAUCCCGAGGAGCCAGAGGAGGUCAGGGAGCAAGACGAGUCCGAGGAAUGUGAUGAGCCCCACGAGUCCUAUGAGCUCCACGCGCCCUAUGCGCCCCAUGAGCCCCGGGACUCCUAUGCACCCUACGAACUCCAUGAGCACCAUGCAGCCCCCAAACUUCGCAAGGCCAGUGAGCCCCGACAGCUCCGCCAAGCCCGUGAGCCCCGCAAGCCCCGCAAGCCCCGCAAGCCCCGCGAGGCCAAGGAAACCGAAUUACUUCCCAGUGCCGCAGUAAUGAUCUCCCCAUCUCUGAUCACCAGAGCCCCGCCACGGCCUCAGCUGUCUUUCCUGGGAGCAAAUCCUGUUUCCUGUGACUUUGUAAGGAAAUGUUUUUCUUCUAGGAAGAGAACCGCAAAUCUUUCAAAGCCUAAAAAGCAAUGGGGAACUCCAGACAGAAAACUGUUUUGGGGAAAUCAAGAUCCUAUUCGCCCUGUUUCCCAGGGUGCUUUGAAGGCUCAACUGACCAAAAGACUUGAGAACCUUGCCCAGCCCAAGGAAGUUUCCUGCCUCUAUGUACCUAACAGGGCUCAAUAUUACUACAGCUGUGGAAGAGAGUCUGUAAUUUGGGAGAUCACUCCUCCUGCGUUGUUUAGACAACCCUCCAAAAGGAUCCAGAGGCUGUCACAGCCCAGUGGAUUCAAAAGACAGUGUCUACUAAAUAGACCCUUCAGUGAUAACUCAGCAAGAGAUUCUCUUCGAAUCUCUGAUCCUUCUCCCCGGAUAUUACAACUCUCAGUAGCCAAAGGCACAGACCCAAACUAUCAUCCUUCAAAAAAAAUGCAAACCCCGAUUUCACUUUCUACCCUGAGUGCGAUUGCAACUCCAAGAAUUGUAGACCUCGCCCACCCAAGGAUCAAGUUAGAGGGUCUGUGCUAUGAAAGACAAAGAAGUGAACUGCCCAUCCGUCCUGUAACUCCUGCUGCCAUGCUAGCUAAACCUAGCCCCCGAACAAUAGCUCUAGCGAAGUCCAAGUCUGUUAAUCAAGAUUACCUACCUGACCGCGAUGCCUGCUGGCCAGUAUCUUAUGCUGCUACUCAUUCCAAAGCAUCACCCAGGAUUCAGGAACUAGCUAAUCCAAAUAAGAGGACUCCUGUGCAUAUUGUGUAUUAUGAUCCAGAUGUCUUUAAAACCAAGCCAGCUGCUUUGAAAGCACGGUGUUCUCAAAGGAUCCGGGAGUUGUCACAACCUCUUACACGUUAAAUACAGAAAGCCACAACAGUCAGACCCUGGUUAUGUAUCUAGAACACAUAUUAGAUGACUUAGUUCCCUGCUGUGGUACUGUCAGUUUACAUUCACCCCUUGCUUCCCCUCCCACAAAAUGAGACCUUUAGGGAAAACCACCAUGAUCAUUAAAUAGCAGUUGUU